AUGGCGUUGAACAAGAGUCCCCAAAGACGCACAGAGGAUUCAUGCGGGGCUCAAAUUGCUAGUUACCUGGCCGAUCACAGCACAGGACCUCUUAAGAAGGACCCAGCUGGGAGAACGUAUCACUCCUGCUUCCUGAAGCUGGCCACACCACCCAGCCACAGAUGCGAGAAGAGCUAUGACCUCCUGCGGCUCAACACCAGCAUCCCAGCAUGCGGACUGCUUGGCAGCCACGAUGACCUCAGCAUCCUGCAAGAUCCACUCGAUCGCAUCCUGAGCGCCUAUGAAUUUACUGUGGAGGUCGCCGCGCGGGCAGUCUAUGGGCGGAAACAGGCGAAGGUGGACCCUUCCAAGGUCAGCACGCGCGACGUGUGGCCCUGGUCCCUGCUUGUGCCAUGGAUGGAGGAGGACAUCAGGUGGAGGGCGUCAAACAAUGACGGCAGCUCGCUGAGUGGAAGCCUGGACCCCUAUGACAACCCCUUGAUCAUGCCCCUGGCGCAUUUUGUUGACGCCCCGAUCGUGCAUGAACUCCUGCACAAUGGUGCGGCGCUCCAGGUGCUUGGGAUCACAAAUUACAGUCAAUGGAAGGACACGGGAGACUUGAGGCGGUGCAUGGCCGGCACGCCAAAGGCGCGGCUGCAGAUCCAGCAGCUGGCCCUACAGAAGCUGGAGGCGUUUGCGCAUGUGGGCAUCACUGAGCGCCUGGAGGAGUCCAUCCUGUCCCUGGCUGCCGCCAUGCAUCUGAAGAUGAAGGGCCCAGCAUGGAAGGCAGCGCCAGAUGCAUUCCAGGCAGGGCCAGAUGGAGCGCUGAGGCAGGUGAAGGAGGAUGAGGAGUACUUGCAUCCGGCCCCGCUGGGCCAUGCAUACGCGCAGUGCGUGGCUCGAGCGCGCAAGAAGGCGGCUGUGCGCAAGGCAUCCUCGUUCAGCUCAUUGCCUUUGCCGAAGGGCCGCAGCCUAGAAUUCUCCAAGGCGUCGCGCGCGGCAAUAAAUCCGGCCAUUCUGGCUCGCAUCAGGAACAAGAAUACUGUGGAUGCUGCACUGUGGGAGCGGGGACAGGAGAUGUUUGCAGCAAAACUGGAGGCCCAGAGGAAAGGAGGGCUGCUGGAAACACUUCCCAGCAUACCUGGUGAGGCCGUGGGGAAGGAGGGCCGGGCCAGGGGCGUGCGCAUUUAG